AUGGAACAGCUGGAUAAUGAAGGUCUAAGCUUUUCAGCGGUGGUUUACGAACCGUAUUCGUGUGCAAGAUGCCGAAGAUUGAAAAAAAGAUGUUCGAAAGAAUCGCCCAUUUGCAUGAAUUGUAGCAAAGCUGGAGAACCUUGUAGCUAUCCGGGCCGGGCGCCAAGAAGAAGUAAGAGAGAAUUGGAGCGGGAACGCAAAGAAUUGGCAACUUUGGCACAUGCCGAUCAAAUGAUCAAACGGGGCCACAGCAGUGAUACAGAGCAGUUUUUGAUCUCUUCCGAGGAACAUGAGCGAAGUGACAACGGUGUGUACUACGGUGGGAAACUUGAGAGUGAUACAGAACGGGUAAGUGAGCACUCUUCCGAAACACGGUCUUCCAGUGCCCCCACAAAUGCCAAAAAUGACGCUAUUGUUCAUUACAUUCCAGAACUGAGGAAAUCUCAGCAGCAGCAACAACAGCGGGAGAUAGAGCAGCGUCCACAAAAGGAGGUACUGUUCCAUGAAAUGUGUAAGAUAGACUCGAUUCCAAUUCGAGCAUCAUCUCUGCAGAUCGCCAAUGUAGCAGCAGUUUUCAAAGGAGGAAGACACUCAAGCUUGCUUCAGCCACAUGGUAAGGGUGUGAGAAUUGAAAGACGACUUUACGACCGAUUUAUUGCCGCAUACUUCAAACACAAUCACCGGUCGUAUCCUCUUUUAAACAAGAUUGGGUUUUUGAAUGAAGUAUCCACGAUACAUGAGUUUGAAGACAUGGAGGGCAAUUACGAAGACACUUUUUACUUUCAGUUGUACAUGGUAAUGGCAAUAGGAUGUACUACUCUCCAGCGGGCAGGCAUUCUAAAUAAGGAAGAAGAAGAACUCAGCGAGCACUUCGCUUAUCUUGCGAUGCGGAAAUUUUGUCCUGUGAUGCACUUACAAAACGUUGAGACUAUCAAGUGCUUGCUCUUGCUGGGCAUCUAUUCUUUUUUUGAGCCUCAAGGGGUCUCGUCGUGGACUAUUAGUGGCAUCGUCAUGAGAUUAACAAUUGGUCUUGGACUGCACAGGGCACUUACAACCCGGAAAAAAAAAUCUAUGUCGCAACUAGAUAUUGAGUUGCGGUACCGUGCAUUUUGGAGUUUUUUCAAUUUUGAGCGUCUCGUAUCUACGUCGCUCGGCAGGAUAUCAGCGAUCGACGAUGACGACAUUAGCGUCCCUCUUCCCCACGCAAUGUACGCAGAAGAAACUGAGGACAUAGAAGUGACACAAAUGAUGAUCGCUCUUCGAAAAAUGGGCGGUAUCAUAUACAAGCGAGUCCACAGCGUGGGGGCCGGAAAGCAAAAACUCUCAGAUGACGGCAAGCAAGAAAUAGUCGACGAACUAAGGAAACAACUUGAUGUGUUAUACGAACAGGAACGGGACAAGAUACGAAGACACAACUCGAUAGCUUGUCCAACCAAGUCAAAUUCCAUUUCCUUCCACACUUCCGAUAUUUGGCUUGCAAUGCGCUAUGCACAACUGCAGAUCAUGUUGUAUCGGCCUUCAUCUUUGAUACCAAAGCCUCCCAUGGAGUUUCUGAUAAUUCUGGGUGACUUUUGCUUACAAGCUCUUAAACACACUUACACGCUGUACCGGAAGAAAAUGCAACCUCUCAAUUGGAUCACCCUCUUUCGCACGCUAACCAUAUGCAACACCAUGUUGUACUGUUUAUGUCAGUGGAGUAUUGACCUGAUCGAGUGCAAAAUCGAAAUACAGCAAUGCGUCGAAAUAUUACAGCAUUUUGGCGAAAAGUGGGUAUUUGCUGCCAAAUGUGCUGCCGUCUUCCAGACCAUCAGUAAUGCUAUCCUGGAUAUAAGUCUGAGCAACGGUCAGGUACCUAAUAUGGACGACCUCACACGUGAGCUAUUUGGUGCGAGUAACGAGUAUCAAGAUAUCUUGGAUGAAAACAACGUUGAUAUUACUUGGGUUGAGGAUCUUACAUAG